AGUGUGAAAGACGAGUCCUCCAAAAUUAUUUUACAAAGUGUUUAAUCAAAUUUAAAACUAAAAAGAAAUGGAUAUGACGUUUGGAAACAGUGUUGGUGGGAAUGAUAGUUCGGGCAGAAGUAAGAAGAAAAGCCGAUCUAGCUGCGAAAUGGAAGAUGGCAUCAGAACAUCAUCGGUAUGCCUUGGUUUCCUUUCUUUCAGAAAUUAUGAUGAUCAAUUAAUUUAUUUAUUUCAUAUUGAUAACAUUUUCAACAUCUCCCGCAAUCGCAUGUUCGGGAGUAAGAGCUGAGGAAAACAAACCUACAGAACUCCUUAAAACAGCGCUGAAGCUACUGAAUGAAGCAGACAAUGAUUAUGUCGAGCUAAACAAUUAUUUUUAUAACAACGAAGGCUACCGUUUAGAAAUCCAAGAACAUAUUCAUUCGCCGCCAAGUGGGGAAAAAGGAAAAACCGAAUCUGAAGAUUUUGCUCCUGAGCAGUUCACUGGAUUCGAAGCACAAUAAGAGGCAAAAGUUGAGGAAAUCACGCAGAAGAACCAAGCACUUAAUGCUGCCGAGAACCGCGAAAGGGCUUUGAGAGAAGAUGUCAGAGUGUUGGAAAGCCUUGAAAAUUCCCAUGCAGCUCAUUUAAGUGAUGCCGUACAAAGUCAGGAAACGUAUAUGGUUCGUAUCAAUACGGAGGAAGUCGAGUCGCUACGAGCCGCGAAUUAAAAUUGGGAACGUGCACUGUGUGAACAGUUGAGUUUAGUGCAGAAUGAAAUUUCGCUUUUACGAACGUCUGUGAGGCAUUUUAUGAAGAGGUUGAUGGGUGAAGAAGGUACCGAGCUAACAUACAUAACAUCAAAGCUCGAAUGAAACGAAGAGCUGCUUAGCUGCAAGGCUUCAGCUGAUGUCGGAGAAGAAAAAGAACCUCCUUCGCCAAAUAGAUGAUUUGGAAAAGGCUUAUAACUACCAAAAAGCAGAAUGUCAACGCCUUAGCUACAACAACCAGACAUUGCAAUGGCAGCUCAAGCAGUGCUCAGAACAGUUGUAUUUCGUAGAAACCAAAUUACGCGAGAUCUCUGGUAGGGAGUCGUACAACGAAAGUGUUCCGCCUAGUAUUCGCUCACUGAAACGUUCUCAGUUGAUGAAUGGUUCAUCGUUGACCAACAUACAAAUUAACGGUUUCUCUUCACCCACAUUACCUGCGAUCGAAGAUGUCAUUAAAACAGAAGAUGACGUUUCAACAUAGACGAAGAUAGAUCGGAAGCAGCGACAUCAGAAAUGGUAGAUUGCGCUGGUUCUUGUCAGUCAAGUGAGCGCAGUCCUUCGACACAUCAUGAGUUGUCUGGUGACGCUAGCGCCAUGCAUACAUCACUUAGAUGUGUGCUAAUAUCGAGAUUGCGUUCACAAAUAGAUGAAGUGCCUGCAGUGGCUCCAAUCCUCAGCACAGGCCGCCGAGUGCUCAUUGAAGACAUCAUCUGGGAUAUAUCGAGAUUAAAUUGGAGUGAGCAAUUCGAUAUGCCACCUAUACCCCCACACAUGAACCUGCAGGGAAAGCUUUGGCAUCGAGCACAAACCCAUGAGUCGCCGUUUUUGGUCUCCCACGGUUCCUAACACCUUGCAGAUUCCACCAUAGAGCAGCUCUCCUGUUUUGAUUUAGGCUCAUGGCGAUAGAUCCAAGUCUCAUCCUUAGUGAUGAAUCGACGCACAAUAUCCACUUCAUCCUUACGAAAACGCUCUAAAUGCUGCUGAGAAAGUCCCAUUCGAAGGUGUUUUUGUUCCAUUGUUAGCGAAUGUGGAAUGCGGCACCCAUUGUGCUCACAGUUUUCUGAAACCCAUUACUUCAGUCAAAAUAUUGCUUAGACUGCCCAGUGAGGUGCCUAGGACUUCUAUCAAAUCUCUUUGAGUCACUUGACGAUUUUUCAAUACGAUGUUCUCUAGUUUUUUUUAAGAUUUCUGCUGUUGUAGCUGUUUUUGAAAGUCCUUGACGUGGAUCGUCUUCAAGGCGUGUACGGCCACGUUUAAAUUCAGCAAUCCACCUUUGAACUGUACUAAUUGGCGGCGGAAAGUCCUUAUUCACCUUCAACAUUCGUUCAUAAAAAAAUUUUUUCAAGCUUUAUCGCCAAUUGUUUUUCGGCUCAAAAUCGAUUUUUUUAAUUAUACAAUAUAAGAAAUUUUUUUUUUAAAUGCUCAUAACUUAGUCAAAAAUGAACCGAUUUUAAUAAUUUUGGAUUCAAAAUGAUCGUCAUUACUUACACGAGUGACUUCAUGUAGAAACAAUUGCAAACCAGUAGUUGAAAUUUUUUUAUUUUGCAAACAAAAAAAAAUUGACAUUUUUUCGAAAUUCAAUAUUUUAAAAAGUGUAUGUUUUUUUUCUUUGCAAUAAAGCUUGAACAAAUUUUUUUUCGGGCGAACAAAAAAAUACGUGUCUCAUUAUUUUGACCAGAGAGCGAAUAGCCCGGUUGAAGUGAAAUGGAAAGCACCAGUAACGGUUAAGUACGAGUAUUGGGCUUUCCCAAAAGCUGGCGAAAAAUAAUUGACAAAGAGAGUAAAUUUGUCUAUUGCGGGAAGUUCUCAUAAGAGAAGAGAAUGCUUGAACAACUUUUCUCCGUGGAAUUUCUCACUUUCUUUUAUGUGUGGGUAGAUACCAAGGCGAAUUUAUUACAGGUGACAGCAAACACAUAUAAGUAAAACCCUACAUGUAUUUGUUGUUGCGUUUGGUCUAACCAUCACGUCAAAAUCAGCAAGCAAAUGUAAACAUACGAAUGUAAACAUACCAAUACAUACAAACAAAGCAUAUCAUUUUGACGUAAGCCAUACCUACGGUGAAAAAUUCAGCUGGGUGAAUGCUGUCACCUUAAUAAAUCCACCUUGGUAGAUACAAAAUUUGUAUGCACUCAAUCCCGAUCGAAAUGGUAAUAGUUCGUUUUUGGAGCGCAGAUAUUUUUGUCUAACUUGAAUACCAAUUAGUGGGCUAAUUUUCUAUGGGUCUGCAACCCAAAUCUUGAUUUAAAUGGGACGUAGAACAUGAUUUUUAGGAAUAUAUCUAUUCCUUCGCCACCUAGCGGGAUUAUUUUUUGCAAAAAUACUAAUUUCUUAUUUUAAGGGGGAACGCCACUGUGGGAGGUCAAAAAAUAGUCGAUUUUUGGGAAUU